AGGGAUACGCCGCGAGGAAGCAGGGAGGCGGGCCGGGCCCCUGCGGGGCAGCGCUGCAGGCGGGACCGCAGGCCGGCUGAUGCCGCCACUACAACUCCCGGCGUGCAGCGCGGCGCCCGCGGCCCUCGCUCCUCGCUGGAGGGCGGUGACGUACCGGUGCAUGCCGGGAGGCGGGGGCGGGGCGGGGCCGGGUACGGGUGGGCGGGGCCGCAGAGCGGAGCGGGACAUGGCCGAGGCGGGGCCGCCGCCCGCGGCGGUGCCUGGGGGUUCGCCCGGCGCUGGGCCCCGGAGGACCCGCCGUGGAAGCGAAGGGUCGCGGCCGCCGGAGCUACAGGCUGGCGACACGCGGGAGCUGCUGGAGGAGGUGGAGAUGCAGAUCGGCGACGCCGCCUUCUCUCUGGCGAAGGUCCUGGAGGCGACGUCGGCCGUGUCGGCCCAGGUGGAGGAACUCGCCACCAAGUGCUCGGAGAACGCCCGGUUCCUCAGAACAUGGCGGGACCUGCUGCGGGAGGGGUACGAGUCCCUGAAGCCCAGCGGCUGAGCCGGACACGCCGCGCUGCUCGCUCCCGUCGGACCGGAGCGCGGGCUUUUCUUCCCAAACACCCUUUCUGGAGAGUUCACGUGGGUUUUUGUUUUCCUUCAGCAGCUCCCCGUGAGCCCAGAGUUCCUUCAGAAAUACUUGAUGACUCGUAUGGAUGUUGUGUGUAAGUCACCGAGCAACAUGACUUUGUUUAGGGAACCAUUUGUGACUUUUAGGCUCUUCUGUUACAUGUUAGUAUGUGUGGAAUGUCCAGAACUCAUUACUGGCGAGGAAGUGGUGUCCUGGGAGGUGUUGUCAGCCCUCCUUUUCAAGAGCUGUCACCUGUGGAAACCCUGCCAACUCCAGAGAAACUUGCUGAACUAACUUCAGUUUUUCUCUAUGCACACUUUUUCUUUGUAUUGAGGAUGGGGUAAUAUGGAAAGUUGUGUCUUAUUUACAAGGUUUAGAUAAGCCCCAUAUCUCAAACCUUACUAUUCUUCGCAGUAUUGCAGUAUAUUUCUAUAAAGCUACAGAUUUUUUGCAAGAUAUUUGGUUACUGUAAACAGUUUCACACUGUCUUUUGUUGUGAUGAAGUGCCUUAUGAUGGACUGUAUAUCUCUGCAUGGUAGAAGUUUGACAGUAUUGUUUACUGAUAGGAUGGAUUAUUUUGAACUGUGAGUAAAAACUUCCAUCAGUUAGAAGAAAAAUCUGUGAAAUGUAUUUUUCAUUUUCUCAGGAGGCACAUUAGAGCUUUUCCAGUAUUUGGUCCUGUUUUAUAUCUUUGCCUUAAACAGUUACUAGUUAGUUAGUCUAGAAGUUGCUGGUAACAGAACCAAGGUCGCUAAUUGUAAUAAAUAGCUGUACUGAAAUUCCUGUACCUUUACCAGAGCACUGUGAAUAAACGUAAUGCUGAAAUGCAACGGUAGGCUGCAGGAGAAUGUGGUUUUACCAUGAUUUAUUAGUCAGCCUCAUUUUUAUUAGUAGAAGGACCUUUUAAAAAACAAGCUGUAGUUUUCUUAUCAAAACAAUAAAGAUGUUACAAAAAAUUCUGAAAUAA